ACAAAAUGGCAGAGACCGCACCAAUUGCACCUCCCGCUGAAAGCGCCGCUCCUGCCAAGAAGCAGCCGAAAAAGAAGGCAGCUGUAUCAGGUGGAGCCAAGAAAAGCCGUCCUGCAAAGUCCGGUCCCAGCGUGUCCGAUCUGAUUUUUAAAGCGGUGUCUGCUUCUAAAGAGCGCAGUGGGGUCUCCCUGGCAGCUCUCAAGAAGGCUCUGGCUGCGGAAGGCUACGAUGUGGAGAAGAACAACAGCCGCCUCAAGCUGGCUCUCAAAGCCUUGGUGAGUAAGGAGCGUCUUGUCCAGCUGAAAGGCAGCGGGGCCUCCGGCUCGUUCAAGGUGAACAAGAAGCAGCUGCAGAGCCAGGAGAAAGCGGACAAGAAAAAGGCGCUGCCUGCAGCAAAGGCCAAAUCCAAUAAAGCAGCAAAGCCAAAGAGCAAAGCGGCCAAGUCCCCCAAGAAGCCCAAAAAGGCUCCAUCUGCUGCAAAGAAAAGUCCCAAAAAGGCCAAGAAACCCACAGGCGCCAAGGUUGCCCCUGCAAAAAGCCCGAAGAAGCCUAAAGCCGCCAAGCCCAAGAAGGUAGCAAAGAGCCCGGCUAAGAAAGCUGCCAAGAGCCCAGCUAAAAAGGCCGCUAAACCCAAAGCCAAGAAGGCGGCUGCUAAAAAGUGAUCGCUUCCUGCUCAGUCCUCACAACCAAAGGCUCUUCUAAGAGCCACCAACACUUUCCUAACAGAGCUGUGACAUUGUUCACGUUUAACUUCGUUUGUUUUUUAUUAUGUAGCUGAUGAUUCACAUCAAUCUGUUCUGCAGAGCACUAAAGAAUAAGUUAAAAUGAGUAAUAAACCUACAGUAAAUGGAUUGUAAA